AGGUACACAGCUUCUUCUUCCGUCCUGAUAAUCGUAUCCUAAAUCACACUGAAUCUUGGAUUCAAAGACUUCAGGGAUGGAAAGUUUCUUCAGAAUGAUUCUUUUUCUUUUUUGCUUUGUCUUGAUAGUGAGGGUUACAGAGCUCCAUGCUACCAGAGAUGAAUGCCAACCCACAAAGUGCAAUCACCAUACCAUCAGAUUCCCAUUCCGACUUAAGGGGCAGCAACAACCGGAAAACUGCAGCUAUCCUGGAUUUGAACUAUCCUGCAUAGACAAAAACCAAACUGUGCUAGAGCUGUCGCGAAAUGUGAAGUUCUUGGUAAAGCGUAUAGAUUACAGAGCACAGUGGAUUCAGUUAUAUGACCCCCAGGGAUGCCUCGCGAGGCAGCUUCCCAAUAAUUUAUCUGCAUUUCCCUUCCUGGAUUACAGCGACCAACCUCAAAAAUACACUAUUUUCAAUUGUUCAGGCGAAGGACAAAUGACAGAAAGAGAUGAAUCCCACGCUAUUCCUUGCCUAAGCAUCCAAGGAUUCCAAGUUGUAGCUCUUCCUUCCGAUUCUACAGAAGUUGCUAAUUUGUUAAAUUGCACCAGAACGCUAUUAAACAUUUCGGUAACACAAAUGUUUAGUGGUAUGUUGUAUGACGGGACAAAGGAUGUUUAUUUGAGUUGGGAAAAACCAGACUGCAGAGGAUGUGAAGUGGAAGGCAGGAAAUGCAGACUGAAGAAAAAUAAUAGUACUACAGAGGAUAAGACAGAGUGUCAUGGUCCAUCCAAGAAAGAAAGAGAUAGACCGAAAAAACUGAUGGCUACAGGAAUAAUCCUAGGUUCCUGUCUUCUUGGAAUAAUUGUCUUUGCACUUUACCGCAUUCACCAUUCAUACAAAACAAAGAAAGAGGGCCAACUCAAGAUUGAAAAUUUUUUGGAGGAUUACAAAGCUCUCAAACCCUCGAGAUAUUCUUAUGCUGAUAUCAAGAGAAUAACAGAUCAGUUCAAGGACAAACUUGGAGAAGGGGCCUAUGGAACAGUUUUCAAAGGGAGACUUUCCAAUGAUGUUUUGGUCGCUGUCAAGGUCCUCAACAAUUUCAGAGCGACUGCAGAAGAGUUCAUUAAUGAAGUGGGAUCAAUGUGUAGAAUCCACCAUGUCAAUGUUACUCGCUUGAUUGGAUUUUGUGCAGAUGGAAAUAAAAGAGCUCUUCUUUAUGAGUACAUGCCAAACGAGUCCUUAGAGAAGUUCAUAUUUGUAGCCAGAAAUAAAGAUCGUUUCCUCAGUUGGGAGAAGCUUCAAGAUAUUGCUAUGGGAAUAGCCAAAGGAAUUGAGUACCUGCACCAAGGUUGCGACCAACAAAUCCUUCAUUUUGAUAUCAAGCCUCACAAUAUCUUGCUAGACCAAAACUUCAAUCCAAAGAUCUCGGACUUUGGUUUAGCAAAGCUGUGUUCCAAGGAACAAAGCGCUGUUUCUAUGACAGCAGCCAGAGGAACAAUGGGAUAUAUUGCUCCUGAGGUACUGUCUAGGAACUUUGGAAAAGUGUCAUAUAAGUCAGAUGUUUAUAGUUUUGGAAUGCUAUUGCUGGAAAUCGUAGGAGGAAGAAAGAAUAUUGAUGUCACAGUGGAGAGUACGAGCCAAGUUUACUUCCCGGAAUGGGUGUACAAUUGCUUGGACAGAGGAGAAUUUGGGAUUAUAAUUGAAAGUGAGGUGCAUGCCAAGAUGGCAAAAAAACUUACAAUUGUUGGACUUUGGUCAGUUUGGUGCAUUCAGUGGUACCCAGCAGACCGUCCAUCAAUGAAAGCUGUAGUACAUAUGUUGGAAGGAGAAGUUGAUAGUUUGACAGUGCCACCAAAUCCCUUUGGCCAUGCAGAUGGUGUGCAAAAAAUAGGUGUCAACAUCCCUAAGAAACCAAUUAAUAGAGAACUAGAAGUUAUCUCUGAAUUAGAAUAAUUGUAAUGUAUUCUAGAUCUACGUCUAAGUGGUUCUUUUACUUUUCCUAGUGCGUCUAUCCAUAUAAAGUAAGGACUUAAUAUUGAGUGCUAAAUGUUUUAUACAAUCAUUAAAAGGAUUGUAUAUUAACUUAACCAUCUAUCUGUGGAAUAUGGAAUGUUUUAUAAGAAGGUUUUUCCUCCCUCUUUUCUUUUAUCUUCUUUCUUUUUAAUCCAUCAAGACCUAUUCCAUGAUUUUU